AAAUACCUAUCGAGUGUUGUUAAUCGAUGAAACAGCACAUUUCAGGGUUUAUGGUGACAGUUUUGUUAUGUUAUUAUGAGGCUACAAAAUUUAUGUGAAUUAUUUGGAUACUUUUUCGAUUUUUAUCAACAUGUUUUCUAAAUUGGUGAGGAGUGUGGGGGGAUUUUUGGGGGGUAGGGCGUGGGGUUUGGGGGGUGUCAGGGGUCUUAGGGAACCUUCACUGGCUCUGAGGAGGUGUCCGCGAUGGGUUUGCGUCGAGGAUGCUGUUAAAAUUGUCAAUUCAGAGCACCUGGUGUUCAUCCAGGGUGGUGCAGCCACCCCUCUGGAGCUCGUCCGAGCACUAACAGAGCACGGAGUCUGCAAUAAUCUCCGAGGUGUCCGACUCCUCCACAUGGCCCUCGAGGGAGACGCCCCAUUCAGCAAUCCCGAAUUUGAGAAACACUUCAGAUCCAUCAGCUUCUACAUCGGCUCCAACCUGAGGGACGCUGUUAACGACGGUCGAGCUGAUUAUAUUCCCGUUUUCCAUCAUGAAAUUCCCAAGUUGUUUUACGAGGGGACCAUUUCUCCGGACAUUGCCUUCAUUCAUGUUAGUACGCCGGAUAUGCGAGGGUUCUGCUCACUCGGGACCAGUGUGGACUGCACGAGGGCUGCUUUGUGCACAGCGAAAAUUAUCGUUGCUCAAGUGAACGACCACAUGCCAAGAUCCUUCGGCGACGCUGUGAUCCACUCGAGUCACAUAGAUUACGCAGUUAAAUUCGAUUGUCCCCUGCCCUGCGUCAGUGGAACUCCCCCGAACGAGAUAGAAACAGAAAUCGGGAAGAUUGUGGCCCAGAGACUGGUAGAGGACGGUGCCACUCUUCAGCUGGGUCUCGGCAACAUUCCCGAUGCUAUCCUCUGCUCCUUGAGUAAUCACAAGGACAUCGGGGUGCACACGGAACUGAUGAGUGAAGGCAUGGUGGACCUCGCUGAGAAGGGAGUGGUCACGAACAAGUAUAAGAAGAGACAUCGUGGGAAGAUUGUGGCUGCGCUGGGCAUUGGAACUAAGAAACUCUAUGAUUACAUCCAUAAUAAUCCUGCUCUCGAAAUGCUGGGAAUUGACUACACGAACGACCCUCGAGUAAUCUCCUCGCAGCCAAAAAUGACAGCGAUAAAUUCCUGCAUAGAGAUGGACAUAACUGGUCAGAUCUGCGCUGACAGUUUAGGAUACAAAAUGUACUCUGGAGUUGGUGGACAACUGGACUUCCUCCGAGGCUCUGCAAUCUGCGCAGAUGGCAGGGGAAAAUCAAUCGUUGCAUUUCCAUCGGUGACGAGUUGUGGAGAAAGCAAAAUUCAGCCUGCUCUCAAGUGCGGAGGAGGAGUGACAUCCACAAGAGCUCACGCUCACUACGUGGUGACAGAACACGGCGUAGCCCAGUUAUUCGGAAAAACUCUGAGGCAAAGGGCCUGUGCACUGAUUCAAAUUGCUCAUCCAGAGCACAGGGAGUGCCUGGAGAGGGCUGCUUACGAUAGACUCAAGUGUAUGCCCACGAAAUACCUCUAGAAAAUAUCUGCAUAAUUUUUUUUGCAGAAGGAACGCAAAAGGCUCCUUGUAAAGGAGUUUUCGCAGAAUAAACUGAGCGAUAUUAUCGAAUAAAAUGUCCAGCUAAGUCGAAACGAAGUCCUGUUUUCACGUGUACUGACAAAAUUUAUUAUUUUUCUGAAACUGAAAUGAAUUAAUAAUUUUCGUGGAAAGAUUCUUGGAGAAGCGGAGUGGAAACUGUAACUUCAUCUUUAAAAUAUUUCCUGGAGAACAGGACAGGGACAAAUUGAUGGCAGAAGUGACUUCUAUUGUUUCUCAUUGACAUUGUCAUGAUUGAUUUACUUCAAGAGUUCUGCGAUUCCUUCGUCAAUCGUCUUUUAUUCCAUUUAGAAUUUCAAUUUUUUCAAUUUUUUGGUGGAAUCAGAUGAAUUCAGCAAUGAAGUGGUAAACGGAGAUGAGUUGACUCAUCUCCCACUCGAGUUUUUGAGGAAUAUUUCCGAAUCUAAGGGAGAUAGCGAAAUUUUCGUGAUUACAAUUGUUGUAGCACUC